AUGCCGACUCCCAGUGAAGACACAAUCCAGCCCACCGAGAUCGUAGAUGCCACCCCGUCCUCGCAGAAUGGCUUCAUGAGCUGUCCACCUGAAGAACAAAGAGAGCCUCGUGCGCCUCGCGAUGGACCAAUAGAACGAGUCGACACGCCUCAUCCCGCAUCGCUCGACGAUCACACAACGAUCCAUGACCAUGGCUCAGACUUCGCGGCAUCGGAACCAAUGCCAGGUCGCGACGCUACCUCCGGCACACACGACGUGAUGGAAACAGAACACAGGCCUCCCAAGGGAGAGCACAUAGAAGAUGCUGGCAUACUGGUGGAACCACCGAGUCCAACCGUGGGAUCGCCAGAUGUGCCUAGCGACAGCGAUACCAAACUGGCACAAUCUAUGUCAACAGCAGCCAUAUCGCCUGCGACACCUCCACCGCAAUAUCUGCGCUUUCCAGAGUUGGACCAAAACAGGCAAACAUCGCCGAGUUCGACCACGUCAUUUCUCCGUCCAGGGAGCAAAUUCCGAGGAACGCAACAGUCUGACCGACAGGUCUACGAUGUGCAAGUCGAGAUCAAGGACGUGGACUUAGCCGAGUCGUUCUUGUGUGGCUAUCUACGGAUACAAGGCCUGACUGACGACCACCCGACACUCACGACUUUCUUCGAAGGCGAGAUCAUUGGCCCAAAAUACCUCUUCAAGACCACCCACACGUCCUGGGGCAGCAGCGAGAAGGUCGACUUACAGCACUGGGCACGAUUUCCAGCAUGGCGGCCGCUCGCAAAGUCUGCCAAAAGUCCAAAUUUCACUCUGAAGAAUUAUCAGCAGAGGGAGCACCUAUUUAUGCGCUGGAAAGAAUACUUCCUCGUACCUGACCAUCGGGUCAAAACGAUCACGGGCGCGAGUUUCGAGGGCUUCUACUACAUCUGCUUUAACCAGGCUUCGGGGUCUGUGAGCGGGAUAUAUUUCCACGCUAAAAGCGAAAAGUAUCAACAGCUUGAACUCAAGCAUGUCGAGGACAGAGGUUGCAUGCCGGCGAUGGAGUUCCGAUGA